AUGGACACGCCCUCGAAGCUCAAAUGGCGGCCCCCGAAGGAGGACACGAUUAUCUUCACGCAGACGUCCUGUGGACUCGACUUCGAUGGACGCCAGGCAUGCGCCGUUGAGAGUGCAGCUCGUCACCAUGGCAACCGGUCAGUUAUCGUUUAUGUGACAGCUCCCUUUAUUGACAUGUCACAUCCUUUGAUAAAGGUAAAGUUUAACCACCAGUGCAUCUUUAUUUCCGACGCCUGCAGAACUGAGAUCCUGAGAAAGUAUGGCGGCACUUACUUGGAUCUGGAUGCCUUGACGCUUCGACCGCUUCCGAACAGGACCAACUAUUUGGGGAGACUCAACAGCCAAUCAAUCAAUAACGCCGUGUUGAGUCUUGUUAAAGGGCAUCCUCUGAGCCAGACUUUGGCCAACUCCAUUCCAGAAGCAUUCGACCCCUUCAAUGGCACCAGCAUCGGUCCUUCCUUGCUAUACCCAGCCCUGAGGGACAUGUGCCCAGGAAAUCUGACCAACAGCACACACACAAGAAGCCUGUCAGACGCUUUUAACGAAGACGAGGUCUCCGCCUACUUGGAGGACACUUCACCCUACCUGCAAACCCCCGAAACAUGCUCUGAUUUAACCGUUUUCCCUCAGAAAAUGUUUUAUCCUAUCAAUUGCAAGACGGGAGAGAGAUUCCUCUUGUUCCUAGGUGGUCAUGGUUACGGGGAAAAAUUCUUGCGUUUUUCAAAAGCUUACAUUUUGCAUCUUUCUAAUUCGCUGACUGAGCAGAAUAUUGCGCAAACUGGGGGAGACUCGAUUCUGGAAGAAGUCAUGAGGAGAAACUGUCCAGAUGUCCACCAUUAUGUGAGAACAAAUGUCGGCCACCUGAGAUAAAAAUCG